AUGCUCUGGGGUAUCACCACUAUGGCCACUGCCGCAUGCUACAACUUCCAAAGUCUAGCGGCUCUUCGAUUCCUGCUAGGUUGUUUUGAAGCCCCUAUCAGCCCCUGUUUCUUCAUGAUCAUUGGGAUGUGGUAUAUUCGAAGAGAUCAACCCUUCCGUGCUGGAAUAUUCUACAGCUGCAACGGUCUUGGCGUGAUGAUUGGAGGGAUCAUGAAUUACGGAGUUGGGCAACUGAAGUCGUUCCAGAUUUGGAAGGCAUUGUAUCUGAUUUGCGGUGGUGCAACCCUACUUUGGGGAUUUGUUCUCCUUUGGUUACUGCCACAGAGCAUCACAGAUUGCAAACGAUUCACAAUCGAAGAGAGGGCAAUACUCAUUGGCCGGGUUGCGGCGAAUCAGACGGGAAUAAUCAAUAAGAAGUUUAAGUUAUACCAGGUCCGAGAGGCUCUGCUUGAUGGCCAGGUUUGGGUACUAUUCUUCUUCACUUUGUUCAACGAAACGAUUAACGGAGGUUAUGCCACAUUCGGUAAACUCAUUGUGAAGGGAGUUGUCAAUGGAGACACGCUAAAGACUGUUUUAUAUGCCUUUCCCUCGGGUGGCUUUCUUACCUUUUUCAUCCUUAGCGGCACUUUCUUGUCAACCAAGUUCAAGGAUAGCCGCACCAUUGUCAUGAUAGUGUACCUCUUCCCUACAAUUAUUGGUACGACACUCGUCUGGCAACUUCCAAGGUCAAACAAGUACGGUCUUUUGUUAUCGUACUACAUCAUCAAUUCUUUCGUUGCCUCUCUGGUUUUGUCUAUCCAGAUGGCUGGAGGAAAUGUAGCAGGUUAUACGAAACGUCUCACGUCAACAUGCUUCAUUUUUAUUGCAUAUUGCGCAGGGAACAUUGUCGGUCCACAUGCAUUUGUCGGCGCCGAAUCCCCGACUUACCCCCCUGGAUGUAAGGCCAUUAUUGCCUGUGCGGCAGGGCAAGUUGUUUGCGUUAUCUUGUUGCGAUUUCUCUUGGUAUGGAGAAACAAACUGCGGGAUGAAGCGCAUGGCCCGGCUGAAGCAACAAUGAAUACGGAGGGUGCCAUCCUUGAUUUGACUGACUUUGAGGUACGUCACAUCCAGUAA